CUAUUAUUAAGGAACGGAGAUGGGGGUGGGGACUCUGGCAAAGGGAAAGGAACUCUGGCAAAGGCAUUUCCAAAAUGCCUUUGUACCCCUUGUAGAAACAAACAAACAAAACAAAAACGGAAGGUGGUUUUGUAUGUCAAAUCUGAACAUUUACUUCUCAAUAUUUUUAGGAACUGGUUUCUACAAGUGGGUAACACAGCAGGUUCAGGUAAACUACUUCCAUUGCAAUUGAGGUAGAAAUGACUGCCUCCAUUUCCACACACUGUAACCAGUGGCAGGCUCAGAAUGUUAUCUCAGGGGCUUUUAGGGACACUGCGUUCCAGAGUUCUGUCCCAUUGAUGUUGAGACUCACUACAAUGACACCUGCUAAAAUUGACUCACCCUGACAGACAACACAUCGGGUCGAGAAGCCAAUAAAGCAGCAGAGAUGGCUGUUAAAAAACAAAAGUGACUUUAAUUUCUUUUUAUAGUUCUCUAAGCCCUCAUUGUUAUGCAGGUGCUCGCCAAUCAACUAAUCAGCGACAGUCCUAACUGCUGGGAUCUGGGUAAAGCUGAUACGCCCCGUAUCACUUCCACAACCUGUCGCGUACCCCAGUAAAGAACUCGCCGAGGACUGGUACAGACAUAGGAAAGUUUCUGUCAAAGUUUAGGAAAGAGAGACAGAGCAAGAAGCACUUUCGGAUCUUUUUUAAGGUCCAGACCGUGCAGCGAGCCGAACCUCCCGCGUGCACUUCGGUUGCCCUGGGGGCCACGGCAAUGAGAAGGGGAAGCUCUUCUACAGGACAGCUGCCGCCUAGUCCCCGAGACGCGCGAGCUCCACAGCGCCAUCCAUCAAAAGCUCGGCCUCUGUCGAUCUCGCUCCACCCUAGGGCCAGCCGACUCCGGCGAGCCGCGGAGGACAAGCGGUUCCCGCUGGCGUGCGCGCCGGCUCCUUCGUUAGCCUGGCAAUGGGGCCUCUCUCCAAGCCCCGCCAUCCCUCUUCAGCCUGAGCGCCGGACUCCAGGAGCCCAGUCACCUGCUCCGGGUGGCCCGCCGGACGCCGGUCUCCGCUCUUCGACGCGCCGGCGCUAUGGAGACAGUCACGAGACGCCGGCGGCUCCCGCGUCCGCCAAUGGGAGCGCACGUCACGGGGAGACGCGGACGUCGCUCUUCCAAGAUGGCGGCGCGUCCGUCGCGAGCAGCCGGGCCGGGGGGAAGCCUGCGAAGCCGAGUAAAGCUACCGCCCGGGAAAGGACUGAAGGAGCUGUUGCCGCCGUUGGCGGCGGCUCGGGCAGUUUUCGCUGCUGCUACGGCUGCUGCCAUGCGGCGAGGCUAGGGAGGAGCUCACUUCCCUGGGGUGUAAUAAUGUUAACAGAGAUCAGUCUAUCCAUAUGGGGAUGGGGAGGCCUUGUCAUUGUCCUUUCUCUAAUAACAUUUGGACCUUUUGUAAUAUUUUAUUUGGCAUUUUAUAUCCUCUGCUUUGUGGGUGGGGGUAUUGUGGUUACUCUCCUGUUCGGAAAAACAAACUCAGAGAAGCACCUAGAUCAGUGUGAACACUCGUAUCUUCCUCCAACAUCAACUGGAAUUCCCAAGUGUUUAGAAGAAAUGAAACAGGAAGCCAGGACUAUAAAGAUUGAUCGAAGAUUGACGGGUGCCAAUAUAAUUGAUGAACCUCUCCAGCAAGUUAUCCAGUUUUCCCUGAGGGAUUAUGUACAGUAUUGGUAUUACACACUGAGCGAUGAUGAGUCUUUUCUUCUUGAGAUUAGGCAGACUCUUCAAAAUGCACUCAUCCAGUUUGCUACUAGGUCAAAAGAAAUAGACUGGCAGCCUUAUUUUACUACACGCAUUGUGGAUGACUUUGGCACACACCUACGAGUAUUUAGAAAGGCUCAACAAAAGAUAACAGAGAAAGAUGAUCAAGUAACAGGCACAGCAGAAGAUCUCGUAGAUACCUUCUUUGAAGUUGAAGUUGAAAUGGAGAAGGACGUUUGCCGUGAUCUAGUGUGCACUUCUCCCAAAGAUGAAGAAGGAUUCCUAAGGGAUUUGUGUGAGGUCUUACUAUAUUUAUUGCUACCUCCUGGAGAUUUCCAGAACAAGAUCAUGCGGUACUUUGUCAGGGAAAUCCUUGCACGAGGAAUUCUUCUUCCAUUAAUAAAUCAACUCAGUGAUCCUGAUUAUAUUAAUCAAUAUAUCAUUUGGAUGAUCCGUGACUCUAAUUGCAACUAUGAGGCCUUUAUGAACAUUAUUAAAUUGAGUGACAAUAUUGGAGAGCUAGAAGCAGUGAGAGAUAAGGCAGCAGAAGAAUUACAGUAUCUUCGAUCUCUAGAUACAGCUGGUGAUGAUAUCAACACUAUCAAAAAUCAAAUAAAUAGCUUAUUAUUUGUAAAGAAAGUAUGUGACUCAAGAAUACAGCGGUUGCAGUCAGGCAAGGAAAUAAAUACUGUGAAACUGGCAGCAAACUUUGGGAAACUUUGCACAGUCCCUCUGGACAGCAUCCUUGUAGACAAUGUUGCACUACAGUUUUUUAUGGAUUUCAUGCAGCAAACUGGAGGUCAAGCACAUCUCUUCUUCUGGAUGACAGUGGAAGGGUACCGGGUUACAGCCCAGCAGCAGCUAGAAGUUUUAUUAAGCUGUCAGAAAGAUGGAAAACAUCAAACCAACCAAACCAAAGGUCUUUUAAGAGCAGCUGCUGUUGGAAUUUAUGAACAAUAUUUAUCAGAAAAGGCAUCUCCAAGAGUUAUUGUUGAUGAUUAUUUGGUAGCAAAAUUAGCAGAUACUUUGAAUCAUGAAGAUCCAACUCCUGAAAUCUUUGAUGACAUUCAAAGAAAGGUAUAUGAACUGAUGCUACGAGACGAAAGAUUUUAUCCUUCCUUCAGACAGAAUGCACUUUAUGUGCGCAUGCUAGCUGAACUGGAUAUGUUAAAAGACCCUAGUUUCAGAGGAUCAGAUGAUGGCGACGGAGAAUCUUUUAAUGGGUCUCCUACAGGAAGCAUAAAUUUGUCUUUAGAUGACCUUUCAAGUGUAUCUUCUGAUGACUUAAUACAACUUCAUGCUUACAUUUCAGACACUGUAUAUGCUGACUAUGACCCAUAUGCUGUGGCAGGCGUUUGUAAUGAUCAUGGCAAAACAUACGCCCUGUACGCCAUCACUGUGCACCGGCGCAAUGUGAACAGUGAGGAGAUGUGGAAGACCUACCGCCGUUACAGUGACUUCCAUGACUUCCACAUGAGAAUCACUGAACAGUUUGAAAAUCUGUCAAGUAUAUUGAAGCUUCCUGGUAAAAAGACUUUUAAUAAUAUGGAUAGAGAUUUUUUAGAAAAGAGAAAAAAGGAUCUUAAUGCAUAUUUGCAGUUACUGUUAACUCCUGAGCUGAUGAAAGCUUCCCCAGCUUUGGCCCACUAUGUGUAUGAUUUCCUCGAGAACAAAGCCUACAGUAAAGGAAAAGGGGAUUUUGCUCGCAAGAUGGACACUUUUGUAAACCCACUUCGAAAUUCUAUGAGGAAUGUUUCAAAUGCAGUCAAGUCCCUUCCUGAUAGCUUGGCAGAGGGAAUGACUAAAAUGUCAGACAACAUGGGCAAAAUGUCGGAAAGAUUGGGUCAAGACAUAAAGCAAUCAUUUUUCAAGAUGCCUCCUUUAAUUCCGAAGGUUGAUUCAGAUCCUGAACAUUGUCGGGUCUCAGCUCAACUUGAUGAUACUGUGGAUGACAAUAUUCCACUAAGGGUAAUGCUGCUUCUCAUGGAUGAAGUGUUCGACUUAAAAGAAAGGAAUCAGUGGUUGCGAAGAAAUAUAAAAAACCUACUUCAACAGCUUAUUAGAGCCACAUAUGGUGAUACAAUUAAUAGAAAAAUAGUUGACCAUGUUGAUUGGAUGACCUCCCCUGAGCAAGUAGCAGACUUAGUGAAGCGUUUCCGAGAUGCCUUUUGGCCGAAUGGCAUUUUAGCCGAGACUGUUCCAUGCAGAGAUAAAGGCGUUCGAAUGAGAACAAGGGUUGCAGGGAAAACAAAACUGCUUUCCAUUAUGCCAGAUGAACUGAAGCACAUUAUUGGGGCUGAGACAACACGGAAAGGUAUUCUUCGUGUUUUUGAAAUGUUUCAGCACAACCAAUUAAAUAGAAGAAUGGUUUAUGUCUUUUUGGAAGGCUUUUUGGAAACCUUAUUUCCACAGUAUAAAUUCCGUGAACUUUUCAACAAACUGCAUUCACGAUCAAAGCAGAUGCAAAAAUAUAAACAGAAACUUCAAACAACUCAAGCGCCUUCUUUACAGAAAAGGUGACACUCCAAUCUAUGAAGCUGGUGUUUGUUUUGUCCAGAACUAGUGGGUGGACAGACCUUCUGGGGCUUAACUCAUACACUGCUGUGUCUGCACCAGUCUCUUAAUGUCUCAAUAGAUUAUCAGUACAUCUACAGGACUGUGGUUCUUCUCAUCCUCGUCCGUCAUCCAGCCACUACCAAGAGAGUUGCCGUGUCUUAAAUGAUUUGGUGCAUAUUUUUGCAACAUUGAGAGGAUACUGCCCCCAUCUCAAGCAAGAAGGACGUCGGUCUCUUUCGUUUCAGACUAAUCAGCGUUCUCCAGCAAUGACAAAGUGCCAGAGUGUGUGUAUGAGAGCUAAGGAAAGCACAGAACAACGGUUCACAGAUAACUUGGCUAAUUUGUUUAACAGUGGGAGACUGUGCAAUGUACGAUUUGGAGGGAUUUGUUUUGCAUAAUGAUUUUAUAGGUCUCUGUCGGCAUUUUGAAGUGUUGUAGAUUAGUGAGGUGAAAGAUCUUUGCUACAUCGAUCUUGGUCUUGGGUGUGGGGAAAGUGACAGAAUGCCCUUCAAGUAUGAAGUAACCUUAUACCCAAACUACAGUUUUGUGACAUAAAAUAAAACCUAGUGUAACAUAAAACCAAUCAAAAACAGAAUGCAAUUGGAUUUGUUUAUUGGUAUAAAACAAUGUUUAAUUGAUUCUUGUGUGCUUUAAGGGCUCUUGUUUUGCUCUUACGGUACUCAAUCUUUGUUUUUUUUUGUUUUUAGUUUUGUUUUUUGGCAUUCUGUGUGCAAAAAGAAGCAUAUGGUGGCUGUCAUUUAAGUUUCAAAAUUGCAGUUUAUCUUUAAGAGAUUACUGUUUAUAUAGUAGGGGUGUAAUUUGUUGAAAGAAUUGCCAAAUAAAUUCUGUGCUUCUAAAAAUAUAAAAAUUUAAAAGAAAACAGCACUCUAUUGAAAGUUACCAUAUGAUAAUUUUAAAUUGUGUGAUCUAGACAUACCAUAGGUGAUUGCAAAAAAUAGCAAAUUAAAGGAUUAAAUGAGCUUAUUAGUCAUAUGUAAACAUACAAAUUCCUAAUUCUAUUAUAGUGUACAUAUAUGAAAAUAAUGAAAACAGAAGUAUAAUAUUUUUUAAAAUAUGCUCUUAUUUAUAUUUUGCAUAAUGUAAACUUCUACUAAAUAAAGCAAGUUGGCAAAACCCCUCAGUGUAUACAUUUAAGUCCCUAAAAUAAUUUUGUAUCAAUGACAACGAAAUACCUUUUCCAGUUUGGAGCCUCCGCAUUUCCUAUAGUUUUCUCAUUCUCCAUGUGUCCGUCUUUGAAGUCUUUAUAUUGCUUGUAUGCAUAGUUUUAAGUAUUUCCACUGAUUAAGGGUUUGGAUGUGUCAGCAUUUUUUGUUUUAGAAAUAUUUAACACUAAAACCUUAAAAUAGUGAAGCUAUUUAUCAGACCACUGAGCCAAGAUCCUGGUAUUAAAAGAUAUGUCUGGGUGCUUAAGACAAAGGGACAAAGUAUUGGUAUCCCAGUUAUUUGGGAGCUUUAAGAUGGGAACAAGAUACUGUUGUCUUGUUUUCACUUAGAUCCUACUUAAAGAGUGAGCCUAAUAACAGAAUAAAGCCUUCCUUUAAAGCUUUAUCAUAAUCAUAUUUAUUGUGAUGCUGGUGUGCAUACUUGUAGUAUGCAUAUAUUCAGCAUGUGUUGCAUGUCUUCAGAAUUACAAGAAUGAAAUCCCUUUCAUUGCAACUUGCAAAAGAGAAAAGUUCCCCAUUGACUCUGGUGGAAGAAAUAAUAUUUCUUCCUCUCGGCGAGACUCCCCGCUCUGGUCCCUCUCCAUGCCCAGGCUUGAAAAGUGAGGCCGUGUGUAACACGUCUGUCAAAAGCAUCAGCAUGGCCGUAAGUGCAAUGACUUUCAGAUAUACCCCUGCCCAGUUCAAGUAUACUUUUGAUAUGAGUAACCUAAGGGUAAACAGUUCACAUCCGAGUCUAGCGUGUACACAUGAAAGAACAUUUCUAGGUAAUGUGAGGAACGCUAGCCGUCAGCCAGGGAAAGAAAUGUCAUGUAAGAUUGCAGAUUUUCAUAACGGAGCCCUGCCACGUUAACUGCAUCAUACCAAAAAAUAUUUGAGUAAGUGAGUUUUUAAAAUAAUUUUUGUUUAAAAGAAUUUAUAUUUCAAAAGCAGCAAUGUCAGGUGGUGGUCUGUGUAAGCGGUUGUGCAUCUUCUCUAUGCACAUCUAUGUUUUACAUCAGAGAGAGCCUGGGUCGUGCUAAAGUCAGGCUUUUGAAUGACUUGGUCAAGCUGUGUUUAGAAUAUGUAACCCAUAAGUCAAGUACAGUGUACUAUGUUUAAUAAAGUUAUUACAAUCUAAUGCAGUUAUUACAUAUAUGAAUAUAUGUGAAGAGGCUUUAUGUCUUCUAAUAUUUGAUUUUUGAAUGUGUUUUUUUUAAGUCAGUGGUGCCUUUAGGCAAAAACCUUCAAAAUUAAUCAUUCUUUGGGUUUUAUGAUUUUUCAGGUAACAACCUAUUUGGGAACCAUCACUACUAACUUUUAAUAGUUCAUUCACCUAAAAACUUUGAUUGUAUGAUUUAAAUAUAACACUUAGAUGGGCAUUUCCUAGAAUUAGGGUGUUCUGAAUAGUUGCUGGAAAUAAUUGUGCCAUUGUACAAUGGAUGCACUUGGUUAGCCUUAAUUUUUUUAAAAAGAAAAAAUGUUAAAAAGUUUCUUGACUAUUUCACUUCGCUCAUUUUAAGUUUGUGCUGCUGGUGUUUGGGGAAAAAUCAAACAGUUAAGCGCUACCAGAAAGUGUACCGAUUUUUUAAAAAUUAAGAUCAACAUAAAUUUCACAACCUAAAAAUUUUAGUUUUGUGCAAUAUUUUCAUUUAAUGCAUGUGUAUUUGCGUACUUGUAAAAUAAAUGAAUUUUAAUGUUUGGAGAUCUAGUUUAAACUGUCUUCUUAACAACCUACAUUCCGUUGUUGCUGCAUCCUUUCAUUUAAGGACUUGUUUUAAAAGUCUUUUUUGUCACUCCUUGUACAAUGCUUUUGUUAUUAGUGAAGUUUGCUUAUAGGAGCAUGACUCCUGUAUUACAAGGGAAAAGUAUAAAGAGCACAUCUUAGGACUGUAAUUGUGAAAGAUAACUCGUGCAUAUCAUUGUACAGUAAGUGUCAACUGUGUGCCUAAUUAUUCUGCCAGUACUUUCCUCCUUUAAUGAAGAAGGAACAACAAUCAGAAUGUCAGCUAUUUUUAUGGAACUAAAAAGAAAAAAUUUUAUUUGGUUUGUGUUAUGUUCUGUCCAUUAGAAAAUACUAAUAAAGUAUUAACAAAC